AUUGCAGCCUAGUUGUGCAUCUAUCGCGAUCUGUGGUGAAACGCUGCGUGAAGCGACGCCUGUCUCCCGUGCAUAACGGCUGCGCGCGCUCGCGCAGUGAAGGGCGCGUGAGCAACAAUACGACAGCCUGCAGCCUGGCCAGCAUUUGCAGCAAGGAGUGGCGGGCGUAACUCGUGAGGUACGUAUCGCUGGUGCGAAGCGCGGCAACGCCGCUGCGCAAAGUAACCAUGGGCCAGGGCCGCCGCCGCCACACCGGCGCGCCGCCGAAGCGCGGGAAAGCCAAAAAGGGUCAGCAACCCACACACCAAAAGCCGCGCGCGACGGGCUCGCUGGCCGUCGCCGCCGCCGCGGCGCGGCUGCAGCAGCAGCGCGCGCUCGACGCGCGGGCUUCGAGCGAAGGCCGCGCGCCCAAGGAGUUAGAUGUGCUCGAGCGCUGCUACGCGUCGUGGCGCCGGGAUCCUGAUAUUUUGGUCGUGGCGACGUGCCGCGACGCGCGGAGCGCCAAGGAACUAAGGAUGGCCUGCAAGGCCCUGGGCGCGCCUUCGUUAGCGCUCCACGCGGCGCUCUCGUCGCAAGCCGCGAAGGAGGCCGCGUCGCUACGCAAGGGCGGUGUCUUAGCUGUGACGAACGACGCGCGAGAUCGGCUCAAGCAGUGUCUACAGCGGGCCAAGGCUUCGAAGGCCCGUUUUGAUAAUUUAGCGCCACCGUCGGGCUUCGAGGCUCUGCCAUGGCCUUCUGAAUUAUGGAGCGACCUCGACGAUGUUAAGAAACGAUGCGCCCUGGCGCGAAAAGCGUCCUCCUCCCUCAAGGAUAAGAAGAGGGCCGACGUCGCUAGACUGGCUGGUAGUGCCGACGCGACGUCCAAAAAGAAGCUGCAGUUGCUAGGCAUGAUCGUUGAUGAAGAGGCGAUGCUCACGAAUGCAAGAGGCGAAACGAGGACCUUAGCGCGGACGAAGUACAUGGAUGGGUUGAGUGGCGAGGACUUGGGCGCGCCGUGGGCCGGGGAAGUCCGUAGCGGCGCCGUGGCCGAUGAUAUAUCGAGGAGAGUGAGAGACGCCAUCGAGGCCGACCAAGCCCUAGCGCCGGGCUGGCGGCCGAACCCGGAGGCCGAGGGCGACUGGGGCGGUAGACACGGAAAACCGUGCGGCCAUAAUGAAGUGGUCAUGCACGCGGUGCGGCCCUUCGCGCCCCUGGAGGUGUUGAAUACGCGGUGCUGUUCUCGAAAAGCGCCGGCGCCGGGCAACAAGGGCUUCGACGGGUGUUUGGAGUUCCUCGCGUGUCGGUGUCGGGCGAAGAAGACGCCGACGACGGUCUGGGACUCGAACGCGUUCAUCCACGUUUCUGCGUCCGGUGAUGUGGACGUCCUGCCAAAACAAGAGCUUUUGAGUCGCUCUGUUGAUGAGAUCGCGGCUUUGGUCCCGAAAUUGCGGGCGCUGACCGUCUCUACUAAUGGUUCGGUGCCUCCGCGCGAAUUAAUAAGGCGGAUCGAAUCCGAGUAAGAUGUCUGUUUGUUAGCACAACAGGAUUACCCAAAAACACGCCGUCGCCGCCG